AUGGCGGAGUCCCAGGUGCUCCUGCUGGACGAGCUGCACGUCAACGAGAAGGUGACAGAGGCCCAGGCCCGCUUCUACUACAGCGAGGAGCAGCGCCGAGCCCUGGAGGCGCUGGUGACCCGCGGCGAGGCCGCGUACCGGGAGGCGCUGAGGAAGGAGCAGCUCCGCGAUUUCCUCUCGGGCCGGGAGCUGCAGGACCUGCGGGGCGGCUGGCGGGGCUACGACGACCCCCGGGAGGGCGGCAAGGUGGCGCGGGGGCCCGGCGGCGAGACCCUCUCGCUGGCCUACUGGCCCGAGUGCUCGGACACCGAGGUGCCCCCGCUGGACCUGGGCUGGACCGACAAGACGUUCUACCGCGGCAUCAGCCGGGUGUCCCUCUUCACGCACCCGCGCAAGGAGGAGAGCGCGCCGCACCUGAAGGAGGUGGUGCGGGAGAUGAUCCAGCAGGCGCAGAAGAUUAUUGCAGUGGUCAUGGAUGUAUUUACGGACCGGGACAUCUUCCGUGAUAUUGUUGAUGCAGCAUAUAAGCGCUGGAUCCCGGUCUAUAUCAUCCUAGAUGAGGAGGGUGUGAAGCUCUUCCUGGAAAUGUGCAGAUGCCUUGACCUCAAUGACUUGCAGAUCAGGAAUAUCCGCAUACGCUCUGUGACAGGAGUUGGGUUCUACAUGCCAUCAGGGAAGAUCAGAGGCACACUGGCAUCCCGUUUCCUGAUGGUGGAUGGUGAAAAGGUGGCCACUGGAUCAUACAGCUUCACGUGGACUUCAUCCCACAUUGACAGAAACAUCCUGCUAGUCUUGACAGGACAGCAUGUGGAGAUGUUUGACAUUGAAUUUCGUGAGCUCUACGCCAUCUCAGAGGAAGUUAAUUUAUACAAGGAACUGGGUAUUGCUAACCCAUUCCUCCUUGGAGUUGGGAAGCCAGGUUUUCAUUCCUCCACUGUGGCUAGGAAGUUCAUUAACCCAAAGUAUGGUUUAGUAGCAGGGGCAACCCGUGGUGAUAUGAUGCUCUGGGCUUCACGGCACAGGCAAGACAAUCAGGGAAAUAUGGAAAAGGAGGAAACAAGUGAGUCAAAGAAACGGUUAAAUCAGUUCCUCAAUGACUUAGUCACAUUGGAGCAAGUGUUCCCAGAAAUAGAUCCACCUCUGGAGAACUUGAACAAGCUGAAUCGGAGCCCCCAGAAACUGUUGUCCCGGCUCCACAUGGACCUGAAAAAUAAAUCCAAAUCCAGAGAGUCUAUUCGUGACAUAAAGAAAGAAGAUGCACAGAGCAAUGCAAAGCAAGGAAAACGGUUUGCCAGUGGGCUUUUCAGUCGCAAGGCCAAGCGGUCUCCAGGCUCAAGCAUUGAGGCCAAUUCUUUUGCAAGUGAAGGACAUUCAGGAGAAGACCUUGGGAACAUGAAACUGGAAUAUGAGAGGCUCAGCAUUGGCCAUGCUAGUGUUCGGAGCACUGGAGGCAACUCAGGUAACCUGAAUCCAAACUCUACUAUGAGCGAUAAAAACAAACAAUCUACCUGUGUGUUAUCUUGA